GAAUGAAAUGGAAAGUUGCGAUCAUAGCAUUACCAUCUUGUCAAUGAGAGAGCAAUACGAAGCAAUCAUCAACAAACUAGACGACGAUUUAAAAGCUUUCUUUUUCAAGCAGAUUCAUCCAUUAUUUCAGUACAUGGAGUCGGGAGGUUAUACAAAUUUUGAAAAGCUAAUGCCGAUUGCUCAUUUUAUUUGCGAGAAAACUCUUUCCCUGAAAGACUCAGAAGCAGAGCAGUGCGAAGAAGACUUUUUGUCACUUACAACCAAAGUCUUAGGUGAGAACUUUAAUAGUGAUUUUUUUCAAGACCAGUCGAAACGCUUCAAGCGAUUUGUUGACUAUAUCGAAGACCCGGCAAACGCACUGGAAAGAAGUUCCUACAGUGGCUAUGAAGAAAAGUCAAACAAUGGCUACGAGGAGCCAUCUCCUAGCUACAUACUUGUUCCAGAUGAUGAAUAUGAUUAUGCCUAUCCUUUCCUUGUGAAAUUUUUGGCGGCUGCUGCCAUUGGAACUUACGGAUUCUUGGGUCUUCUUGCUUUUCAAACCUUAUUAUUUCUGUUGGUUAACAGAAGCGGUCCUCCGGGAGAAAAAGGAAAUAAAGGCUUGAAAGGAAUUAAUGGGGUUUUAGGAGACAAAGGAAUGAAAGGUUUUAAAGGCAUGACAGGUGAUAAAGGACUAAAAGGCCCAUCAGGUAGUCAGGGCAUGCAAGGAAUGGAAGGAGAUACUGGACCUGAUGGAGACGGCGGAGAUAUGGGACCCACUGGACCCAAAGGAUUCAAAGGACCUAAAGGAAUGAAAGGAGUCAAGGCACAAAAAGGAGUGAAAGGACCUAAGGGCCCUCUUGGAGAUAAAGGUAACAAAGGACUCAAGGGAUUUAAAGGUUUUAAAGGCGAUAUUAACCCGGGGAAAGGCAAUGGAAGACGUAGACGUAGAUCAGUGACCGUGAGAUAUCAGAAAUCAAGGUCAGAUGGUGAUCUCGUAAACCUGCUCGACGCUCCUCUUCUGCUGGAUUCUCUUUUCAGACAACAAGUGACUAAAAACGUUUCUACUGAAAUGCACGAUGAAAGUAUAAGCGAUAUAUAUGACGUCAUUAAUAGAUUAUGGCGUCAAUAUAAGAGUCCUGUAGGCUGCGCCCGAUGUCUGCUUUUCGAGUUGCUCAAAUCGCGACGGGCAGCAAUAUUGGAUAACUACGUCAUCGCCGGGUUCACCCACGUGCUCGGGGACUCGGGUUCUCUGCAGCUCCUGGACGACGUGAGGCGCGGCCGGCAGCGCGGCGUCAAGAUGCGCUGCAGACGACAGAAGAACUCCUGUUUUCUAGAAUAUUUGUCAAGCGUUCAGCAGUGAGGUUUAGGAUAAAAUAUCUCGAGGACUUGUUUUAGUUUAUCCAAAACCUUAGCUUUUCAAAAUUCACGCUUAACUUGAAGAAUACGCCAAUGCAUUAUCGAUCAUUGUAAAUUUAUUCAUUUGAUAAAAUGAGCGAUAGAAUCUGGAUAAGAGAUUGCUAAUAUUAAAGAAGAUGUAUAGAACGUGGACCUCAGGGCAGCGGCACGUGUCUUGUGGAACUUAUACCAUUGAAUGGGCAGUUGAUCGUUGGCCGGUAUCAAGUCCAUGAAACUCCAGUUAUGUAUUAUUUAUGUAUUAAGAGUUCUUAAUUUAUGUGAUGUUAGGGCAAUAAAGUAUUUUGAUAUGA